AUGGUGACAAACCCCCAGCCCGUCGUCGCUGUGUCACCUCACGCUCACGAUACCCCGAUCCUCUACCUGAUCCGGCACGGCGAGAAGCCUCCCAAGGAGGCCGAUGGAGAGGACAGCCCCGGUCUUUCGGCGCAAGGAAUCUCCCGCGCCCAAGGGCUCGUUCAAGUCUUCGGCCACGACAGCCCGUAUGAUAUCGGCUAUAUCAUCGCGCAGAAACCCAAGACAGAUGGCAAAGAAACCCGUCCGUUUUUGACUGUCCAACCCUUGGCAGAGUCUCUGAAGCAAUACAACGUCCCCUUCAAUUCUCACAUUGAGCGUGACCACGUCGACAAGGUCGCGGACGCGGUCCACAAGUACAUCAAGGGCGAGGGCGACUAUGUCGGCAAAGGGAAUGUCCUGAUCUGCUGGGAACACCAAACGUUGGAGAAGAUUGCAAAGGCCAUCGGCGUGGAGGAUGCGCCGGAGUAUCCGGGCGACAGAUUCGAUCUCAUCUGGACAAUAAAGGCGCCGUAUAAUAAGAUCGAUAGCAUCACAUCGGAAAAUGUGCCUGGGCUGGAUGAUCACUCGGGAACUCCAACAUGA